ACCAAAAAAAACCACAUUUAAUCACAUAAUUCCUCAAAAAAUGAUGUUAUAUUGGAGAAAAAGAAAAGCUACUUCUAGUGCAAGAAAUAAAAAAUUUCAUGAGAUUUCUAAUGGUGCAAUCUUGGAGAUGGAUAUAAUGAUUCCGACGCAUUUUAAGUGUCCGAUUUCUCUAGAGUUGAUGAAAGAUCCCGUAACCCUAUCGACGGGGAUCACCUACGAUAGAGAAAGCAUCGAGAAAUGGAUCGAAUCGGGUCACAAUACUUGUCCUCUUACUAAUCAAGUCAUUCCAACUUUUGAUAAAAUACCAAACCAUUCAAUUCGCAAGAUGAUUCAAAGUUGGUGCGUAGAUAAUCGUUCUUUCGGAGUUGAACGAAUCCCUACGCCUCGGAUUCCCGUCACUCCUCACGAUAUAUCCGAGAUUUGUAAGAGAAUUACGGCUGCUACUCAACGUGGGGAUUUCAAGAAAUGCACGGAAUUAGUUGAAAAAAUCAAGGACUGGGGAAAAGAAAGCGAACGGAACAAGAAAUGCAUAGCAGAGAACGGAGUCGGCUGUGUUCUGUCGGUUGCUUUCGAGUUUUUCGCAGGUUUAUCAAUGGAGAAACACGCAGAUUUACUAGUGGAGAUUCUAUCCGUUAUUAUAUGGAUGUUUCCGCUCGGUACAGAAGGCCAAUCGAAGCUCGGAUCGAUGAUAUCGCUACGUUGCAUGUUAUGGAUAUUAAGAAAUGGAGAUCUUUCAGCUAUACAAAAUGCAGUUAUAGUACUAAAAGAGCUUCUUUCAUUAGAUCAGAACCAUGCAAGUACAUUAUCCGAAAUCGAAGGAGUUAUUCAAGAGCUAGUUAACCUAAUCAAGAAACCAAUUUGCCCUUCCGCUACAAAAGCAUCAUUAAUGGUGAUAUUCCACAUGUUAUCACCAUCCUCAAUAAGCGAAAAGAUCGUAUCGACAUUCGUUGAACUCGGGUUAGUCUCAUUGAUUGUUGAAAUUCUUGUGGAAGGAAACAAAGGAAUAAGUGAGAGAGCCUUAGGUGUUUUGGAUCAUAUUUGUGAUUCAAAAGAAGGGAGAGAAAAAGCAUAUGAAAAUGCUUUAAUUGUUCCGGUUUUGUUUCAGAAGAUUUUGGUUUCAUCAGAUUUCUCGGUUUCAAUUCUAUGGAAGCUUUGCAAGAAUGAUCAGAGGAAAAAAGGUGGUGUUGUAGCUGAAGCACUUGAACUUAAAAUUGGUGCUUUUCAAAAGCUAUUGAUUCUAUUGCAAGUUAGUUGUGGAGAAAAUACAAAGGAGAAGGUUAAAGAGGUGCUAAAGAUGUUGAAUCUUCAUAGAGUUAAAGAUGAUUGUCCUGAUUCAUCAAUGGAGUUGAGGUAUCUCAAGAAGUCGUAUUAGGAGGAAUGUUUUUAUACGGUGCUAACGAUUCAAUAACUAUCUUUGUUGCUAUAGAAUGUUUCAUCGUGCAAUGAGUUCUAACUUUAACUCUUUGUGAUCUUGCGAUCGAGUCCACUUUGAUGUUCAUAAAUAAAAAAUAGAUCGUACUAAUUUAGAUUUUUUUUAAUUUAGGUAGCUUUUUAGGUAAUGUGUGUCCAACAAUA